GGAGUUCCCGCUGGAGGGAAGCAGACCUAUGGAGUCCGGCCGCGUCUCCAUGGCAACCCAGUGGGAACCAGAGGCCCUCAGCGAUGGGGUAGGCAGCCGGCGGGACCGGCGGCCCAUGCCAGCAGACGUCUCCAGAGAGAAAGGCAGAUUAAAUAUCAAGAAGUGCAAGCCAAAUGUAGACCAUUGUUGGCAUGGAGAACCCAGCCCAUACUGUAGCAAGAGCUUCUCCUUGUGAAGCUGAACUUCAGGAACUGAUGGAACAAAUCGACAUCAUGGUGAGCAACAAGAAGCUGGACUGGGAAAGGAAGAUGCGGGCUUUAGAGACACGAUUAGACCUUCGGGAUCAAGAGUUGGCCAACGCCCAGACUUGCUUGGACCAGAAAGGCCAGGAGGUGGGGUUACUUCGACAGAAGUUGGACAGUCUAGAAAAAUGUAACUUAGUAAUGACUCAGAACUAUGAAGGACAGCUACAGACCCUAAAAGCUCAAUUUUCUAAGCUAACCAAUAACUUUGAAAAGCUGAGAUUACACCAAAUGAAACAAAACCAUAUUCACCGAAAGGAAGCCCCCACCAAAGAAGACAUACCCUUUGAGCUGAGCAGUUUGAACCAGAAGCUAGAGGAAUUUAGAACGAAAUCGAGCGAGUGGGACAAACAAGAGAUGCUCUACCAGACACACCUGGUGUCUUUGGAUGCGCAACAAAAAUUGCUAUCUGAAAAAUGUAGCCAAUUUCAGAAACAGGCACAGAAUUACCAAACUCAGCUAAAUGGGAAGAAGCAGUGCCCAGAGGACAGCAGCCCAGAGAUCCCUCGCCUGGCGUGUGAAUCAGAUCCUGGCUGUGAACCCAGCCAAAGAGAUGAAUUCAUUAUUGAAAAGUUAAAGUCGGCCGUGAGUGAAAUAGCACUGAGCAGGAACAAGUUACAGGACGAAAACCAGAAGCUCCUGCAAGAACUGAAGAUGUACCAGAGGCAGUGCCAGGCCAUGGAAGCAGGACUGUCAGAGGUGAAGAAUGAGUUACAAUCACGUGACGAUCUCCUGAGGAUUAUAGAAAUGGAAAGACUGCACUUGCAUAGGGAACUGUUGAAAAUGGGAGAAUGCCACGCUUCUCAAGACAACAGGAAAAGACUCGAAUCAUCAUAUUCCCCUUCUGCUGCAAAAGAACAAGAAAGGAAAAGGAAAGAGUUUCCAGUGGUCUCAGAUCAACCAAAUCAUGAAAAAGAAUUAAACAAGACGAGAAGCCAGUCGUAUCAGGAGGAAAACGGGUGCUCUGAACACGAGCGGAUGAGAGGCGAGAUCUCCGACCUCACCCAGGAACUUCGUCAGAAGGAGAUCACUAUAGCAACUGUCAUGAAGAAAGCUGCCCUUCUGGAAAGACAGCUAAAGAUAGAAUUAGAAAUCAAAGAGAAAAUGUUAGCAAAGCCACAGGUCUCAGAUAAGAGAUACAAAGCUAUCAGAGCAGAAAACACACAUCUGAAAGGAAUGAUGGGCGAUUUAGACCCUGCAUGGUACUUGAGUAUGGACUUCGAUAACAAGGAUCAUUCGAGGUACUCAUCAAUUAACAAACUUGAAUAUGAAAACGAAAGGCUCCGAAGCGAUCUUGCAAAACUCCAUGUCAAUGGGAAGGCAGUGUGGCCCAAUGAGAUGAGCUAUCAUGAAGCAGGAGCAUAUGCCUGCCAGAGCCUGCUGAAAAUGGAGACCAUCGGAGACAGACUUAGCCAAGACUGUGAGCUGAGCAGAAGCCCAACACCACCCUUUCCACCUUUGCCACUUCAGAGCAAAGAAAUGACAAGUCCCUUGGCUAGUGACGAUGAAAUCUUCCCUCUGUCUCCCCCAGAUAUGUCCUUCCCGGCUUCCCUAUCGACACAGCACUUCCUGAUGGAAGAGGAGAGGCGGGCCAAGGAGCUGGAGAAGCGGCUCAACACACACAUCGACGAGCUGCAGAGGCACACGGAGUUCACACUGAACAAAUACACCAGACUCAAGCAUGGCAGACGCAUAUGAGCUUUGCACCUUUUAUGUUUGUUUCCUCUCCAUGAGAAAGAAAAAAGAAAAAAACUCUAGUGAAACACUUGCAAAUCGAACUCAUGAAACCGAGAAAUCUGGUUUAGUCUCCACGAGUGAGCAAAUCACUUCUGUAAGGCAGCUAGAAAAUAGGAUUUUGUUCCAUAAAGCUGCUUCUGUUUCUGCAUUUCACAUUCUAAUUGUUCUGUUAGGAUAGAAUAAAUAUGGCUAGCCCCAAAGGGUUUCUUUCCUGUCUAGGGAAUGGUUUGGGAUUUAAAAUGAAUUAUUUCUGACUUUAAUCAUGUAUGCUAAGGUCCCAUUUCCUGUGUAGCAGGCAGCGAGAAAAGAGCGCACUCAACUCCAAACGUAAGGAAACUAAGUGCAGUCACUCAGUGACGGGCACAAAAUCUCAAGGACUUCUAAAAGUGAAAGAUGUUUAGAUAGGUCCACUGGACUAUGUAAGCAUUCUAAGACUCGUUUUAGAAGCCAAAGGACAUGUUUUUGGUGUUUUUACCUUCACUUUUGCAAUGCCUCUGCCUUAAUUAACACCAAGAACUUCAAAUGUGCAGUGUGCAUGGUAAAAGUCACUGUGCCAGACAGCCAUGCUGCCACUGAGGCACAGAGCUGCUCGUUGCCUCCGUCUCCUUUGUA